ACUGCGUUAUUUCGACGCUUUCCAUUACAUUAUAUUAGAAUGUGUGUUGUUUUCGUGGUAUCCAAGGAAGAUGGUGACAUCUGUACAUUCUAACUGGUGUUACAUGCUGAUCAGCGCAUCUCAUACCGUUCGAAGAAGCUACAAAACAUGCUAGUAUAUUAUACUGGCUUAAAUGCCAGUCCACUCUUUUCCGACCAGGAUGAGAUUGUCACAUCAAUAUCGUAUUUGACUCAAAUUUCAUUUCCUGGAAUCACAGACAUUGAGAUUGGUUGGAAUUAUUUUCUUCUGUGGCAAGAUACAAAAUUGUAUAUCACUGGUAAAAUCAGUGAAAAAGAUGAUAAAAACAGACCGCGUUUAAUGCAAAUUCCAAAGGAGUCAUCGGGAAGCUGUAAAAUAGCUGUUCCUGGUCGGGACAGCGUAGUUGUUUUGUCCACACGUGAUGAAAUCUGGAAAUACAAGAUAUACGAUGAUUCCUGGCAUAAAGUAACACUUUUUAUUUCCAACAACGAUGACGUACAAGCUGAACAUGCCAUCAAACUAUCGCAAGCAGGAUGCACAGUAGUUUUAACUAAUUUAGGACGAGUAUUUAACGCUCCCCUUUUGGCUGAGAUACCAAAGAGAGUCAGGUUUGUUGAUCUUGCCUGUGGUUUUGACCAUACCAUUUUACUAGCAGAGAAUGGUGAUGUAUACUCAAUGGGGAUGGGAAUACGUGGUCAGUUAGGGCACAAUGAAUUAGAAGAUUGUGAAAAUCCGAAACUUAUUGAGGCUCUAGCAGGUCUGAAAGUAAUACAGAUAUCUGCGGGUGGUUGGCAUUCUGCCGUAAUCACUGAUCAGGGUGAUCUUUACACUUGGGGAUGGAAUUCAAAUGGCGAAUUAGGAAUUGAGAGCAAAGACAAAAAAGUUUACGCCGUUCCGACUUUAAUAGAUUUUAAAAACGACAGAGGAGAGACUAUAGAAGUUAAUGUUAAAAAAGUCGAAUGUGGAAAUUGCUUCACUGUAUGUUUGACAGACGAUAGCUGCUUUUGGGGGUGUGGCGCUAACAAGUACGGUCAACUAGGAAAACUUCAACAAAACUUUGAAAAUCCGUAUAAUUUUGUCAAGUUGGAUAUUCAAUCGCUAGAUCCUAAAACAGUGAAAAACUUCAAAUGUCGCGAGUGGGGUAUGGCGAUGAUUACAGAGUGAUAAUAUAUUUUUGUUACAAGUUACAAAAUAAAAAAAAUUCUUUCAAUCA